AUGAAGAUCGCUUUUAUAUUUGUAAUUCAAGUAUAUCUCUUGAUUCUCGUUCAAUGUGUAGGGAAUCAGCUUCACUUUCAUCCUUAUGUGAAAUUCUUAAAGAUUCACAAUUCUAAAAAGAGUUAUGUUAGUCAGGAUUUGAAAGUCGAGGACCUUAUUGUUUAUAAAGGGUCACAACAUGGUAAGAAGGAGGCUGACAAGAUUUUAAGGUUGCCAGGACAACCAAAAGGACCAAAAUUUAAUCAGUAUUCAGGAUAUGUAACAGUUGAUCCAAAACAUGGUAGAGCUCUAUUCUACUAUUUUGUCGAGUCCACUCACGCAUCCUCUAGAAAACCACUCGUGUUAUGGCUUAACGGAGGGCCUGGGUGUUCUUCAGUGGGAGGAGGGCUAAUGAUGGAGCUUGGACCAUUUAGAGUCAACAAAGAUGGUAAAACUUUAUCCAACAACAUAUAUGCUUGGAAUAAAGUGGCUAACAUACUUUUUUUGGAAUCACCGGCCGGAGUUGGGUUUUCAUACUCCAACAAGACCUCCGAUUAUAAAAUCACCGGAGAUAAAAUAACUGCAAAAGAUUCAUACACAUUUCUGAUCAAUUGGCUAGAAAGGUUCCCCGAAUACAAAACCAGAGAUUUCUACCUCACCGGAGAAAGUUACGCCGGUCAUUACAUACCUCAACUUGCCGAUUUCAUCAUUAAAAGCAACAAGAAAGCUAAUCGUACUGUUAUCAACCUCAAAGGAAUUGUGAUUGGAAAUUCAUACAUGGAUGACGAAACUCAACAAACGGGAACACAUGAUUUUUUUUGGUCGCGUUCUAUUACUUCUGACGAAAUCCAUCAAGGAAUAGUCACGAAUUGUGAUUUUUCGUGGAAUGCUACUUUAUCUAAAGUUUGUAAAAACUACAUUAAUCAAGAGUAUGACCUUGUUGGAAACAUUUAUCCGUACGAUAUCUAUGCUCCCUUGUGUUUAAAUAGAACUUCUUCAGAGAAAUCAGGAUUUGAUCCGUGCUCUCUAGAAUAUAUCGAAAGUUACUUAAACUUGCCCGAAGUUCAAAAAUCACUUCAUGCAAACCUCACGGGGCUUCCCGGAAGGUGGCAAGAUUGCAACGACGAAUUAUUUGACAAUUGGAAAGACCAACCAUUUACUGUUUUGCCAACCAUUCGAAGGCUCAUGGCUAGCGGCAUUCGUGUUUGGCUUUACAGUGGAGAUAUUGAUAGUUCUGUGCCAGUGACAACAACAAUGUACGCAAUAAAGAAACUUAAUACAACAGUGAAGACACCAUGGCGACCAUGGUAUUUGAAAGGAGAGGUUGGUGGAUACGUGGUUGGAUAUGAAAACUUGACAUUUGUGACAGUUAGAGGAGCCGGACACUUUGUGCCAAGUUACCAACCUGCUCGAGCAAUCGCACUUUUCUCAUCCUUUUUGCAUGGAAAGUUACCGGGUUCCAAGUAAUCAUGCUUGUAGUUUUGCAUCAGUGUCUUGAAUUCGAUGGGUUUUUCUUUGUUGAU